AGUUUUGGGUGAAGAUAACUGUAGUGAAAUGUUGGAGGAGGGCGUGUCUGGCUGAAAUAGUCCCUCUGACAUCACAAACACAUACAGUGACACACAAUGAGGAAAUGUCAGCAAGGGUGUGUGUGUGUUUGUGUGUGUGUGUGUGUGUGUGUGUGUGUGUGUGUGUGUGUGUGUGUGUAUGAGAAAGAGAGAGAGAGAAGGACGUUCAUAACUGCGUGGUUCAAGAUGCCGGUAUGGUCUCAGUGUUUUUGUCCAUAUUAGAGUUCAACUAGUCAGUGUUGACAUACGGAGCGCCUGAGGAGCUUCUACAUUGAAUCUGAGACUAAUCUUCAGUCUUCGGGACGGACAGCAGUGCUGAUUUUCAGCUGUUAGUGCAUUGACUGCUACUCAUUUUGCCUGUGCUGAGGACUCAAGGCUCUCUGGAGGAGAUCUGCAGAGUUUUAAUAUUGCAGUUUUAUGAAUGGAUGAAGUUGCAAAGUAGUUUUUCGUCACCUGAUUUUUCGGCUUCUGCUGCUGUUUGUUUGCUUCCGUCAUUUGUCUGGGUUUUUUUUCUGCCUGGACGUCUCUCACUGACUCACUGUUGUUUGACGGAUGGACAGAUUUCUAAAGAUUUUCUUCAUCUAAUUUCGGACACGAGCUGAUUGACCAUAGAACUUUACAAAGACGACGGAGGGACUGUGAGCAGUACCAAACGAGUGCAUGAUGGAGGCGGGUCCAGCUGGCUGCCCGCAAGUGUUUGUGGUGGACAGUCAGGCUCCUGCAACCCUGCAGCCCAGUGAGGUCAGACAUGCGUCAAACAAAAACAAGCCAUAUUUACUGUACCUGCUGGUGGGCCUUGCUCUGCUGGGGGUCGCCAUAGAGGCCAUUUUCAUCUACGAGCUGUACCAACCGUCUGCAGCACAGGCCUCCUCAGAUACCAGCAGAACAGCCCAAAGAACCGGAGAGAAAGCAGACUGGGACGGAAGUUCAAAUGAAAUCCCUCCAAUUCCGGAAAAGAAGGCCACAGAGCAAGAGGACAAACCAGCUGCAUUUCUGCAAGGCCUGAAUGGAGAGGUACGUGCGGAUGGAGUGAUGCAGUGGCAGAAGGAUGGUUUGGCUCCGUUCAUUCGUGGAUUGGAAUAUAAAGAGGGCAGCCUGCACAUCCAGAAACAAGGGUUCUACUACGUUUACUCUAAAGUCUACUUCUCCGAAACCUGCUCUCUGUUCAAACACCAGGUCAAACGGCGCUCACCACGAUACAACAACGCCCCGACUGACCUCAUGCAGAGCCUCAGGUACAGCUGUGUGGGCUCUCAGAGGCAGGAGCAGAACCGUGCGGAUGUGGGGAACAGCUUCCUGGGUGGAGUCUUCCUGCUUUACAGUGGGGACAGUGUGUACGUGCAGGUCAAUGACAGUAGAGUGGUACGAUCUGGAGUCUACGAUAACUUCUUUGGUGUCUUCAUGAUCUAGAUACACACACAAAUGUAUACACACAUGCAGACACAAAUUCAGUCUCUCUCCUCAUGUUCUCAAGUUGUCUUGCAUCGUAUAAUUGUCAAGUCUUAUAUUUGUAUUAAGGUGUGUAAAUGACUUUACAGUGUUGUUUUUAUUAAAUACAAUAUUAUGAUGUUAAAUUUCCAAUCAGUAAUUGCUGAAGCAGCAGCCCAGCAACUCCGGGAUUAGGCUGACUUUACCAAGUGCACAGAAAGAAGUGCCCAAAAGAAAAGGCAAUGUUAAUAUUGUAUAUUUUUGGAGUACUACAAAAAUAUCAAAAAGAGGCCUGGCUUGCAAGUUACAUUAAUUACUGAUUGGGUAUUUCCACUCACUGGUCACUUUGUUAAAUACACCUAUCUUGUAUCUACAUUUGCUGUCCAUUUAAUCAGGUCCACUUACCAUAUAGGUGCACGUUGUAGUACAUCUGUUUAGCCCCCCCUUUACAUUCAUCACCAACAGGACCAACACUUACCAGAUAUGAUUUAUUUAUUUAAUAGUAUUAUUAUCAGCAAAGAUUUAAGGGAGGAAAUACUCGAGAAACCACGUUGAGGGAAGUACAGUCUCGAAGAGACUUCGGUAGGGAAUUCCACAGCUCAGUGCUACAGCACUAAAAGAUCUCCCACUCAUUGAGGAACUGUGAGUAGACUCCUUCCAGAGGAACAGAGUGUAAUUCUAUGCCUUCUAUGUCCUUUUUUCCAUCUUGGCUGUAAAUGUGUCUCAGUGUGUGCUGAUGUCCUAGUAUAGGCAAAAAAAUAUAAUAUAAACAAAAAGGCU